UAGGCUCAUGGCAAUGCGCAUGGCAGCGGGAAGAGCCUGUGGCGCUUGGAGCGCGCAGCGCAUGCUGGUCCCCGGCCAGCGCGUCGACUUCAUCCGGCUGUCCCCCGGCGUCGCCGCGGCGGCGACGGUACGGUUCGGCGCUCGUCGCGCCGUCGGGAGCAGAGUGAUCCUCUGCCUCGCCUCAGGAGGCGUUCGUCCGCGGGACGACGACGGCGAGUUCGAGCCGGCGGAUUCGCCGUUGGAUUCGGACGGGCGGAUGGUCGACGAGGGCAUGGACACGCUGUGGCGGCGCAUCCGCGAGGUGGAUGCGGCAUCAGCAGACGAGGAGGACAAGGAAGAACCAGAGGACGAGGGUGGCUUCGACGUCUUCGCGCCCCCGGCUGAGUGGACGGAGCUGGAGCGGCGGCAUUACGUGCUGUACGUUGCGGCCCUGCGCGAGGCACUCGGCGCCGUGUUCGCAUUGCUGGCGCGCGAGCGGCCGGCGCUCGGCGCGGCGGUCGUGGCGCUGGUGCUGCUCAGCGUGCCGGCCUCGGUGCUCCACGUCUCCGCGGAGCUGAUCCGGGCCGUGUACUCCAUCUUGGCCGCCGUGCGCAACGGUACAAUAUAG